UAAACUUAAUUUAAAGACAGCAAAAAGAAGAAGAAAACUGUGAGGUUGGAUGGAAGAAGAGAGAAUUGGUUAUCUGAUUGAAAAAUGCCCAGAUACACGCGUCAUCCGUCAAAUCCACGCGCAUGUUCUCACUCGCCUCCUUCCUAUCUCCGCCGUAUCCUUCCUCCUCUCGAAAAUAGUUGGGUUUUGUGCUCUUUCUCGCCAUGGAGAUAUCAAUCAUGCUCGCAAAGUUUUCGCUCAAACCCCCAACCCUAACAUCUUCUCUUGGAAUUCCCUUAUUCGGGGUUAUUAUCUUGUCGGAAGCCAAUCGAAGGUGCCCCUUUUUUUAUAUAAAGAAUUGGUCAGAAAAGGGUAUCCUUCUGCUAAUACGUUUACCCUGGCUUUCGUGCUUAAGGCUUGCUCCAAUAUUUUGGCUUUCGAUGAGGGAAGACAGGUUCAUGCCCGUGUGUUUCGAUCUGGGUUUGGCUCGAACCAGUUUGUUCAAACGGGGUUACUGAAUUUUUAUGCGAAAUGUGAAGAUAUUGGGCUGGCGGAGAAAGUGUUCGAUGAAAUUCACGAGAGAAAUGUGAUAGCAUGGAGUACGAUGAUAAGUGGCUAUGCUAUGAUGGGAUUGGUCAAUAAGGCGUUUGGUGCGUUUAGGGAAAUGCAAACCUCGAAUGUUGUUCCUGAUAAGGUAACAAUGGUGAGUGUGAUUUCUGCAUGUGCUAUGGCAGGGGCACUAGAUAUUGGUAGGUGGAUUCAUGCGUAUAUCGAGAAGCACAUGAUUGAGACUGAUAUUAUGCUUAGUACUGCACUUGUUAACAUGUAUGCCAAGUGUGGAUGCAUUGAAAAAGCUAAAGAAAUUUUCAAGGGCAUCCCAGUAAAAGACCAUAAAGCUUGGAGUUCAAUGAUUGUUGGAUUGGCAGUUCACGGCUUAGCAGAGGAGGCUUUGGAAGCAUUUUCUAGGAUGGAGGAAUCCAAGGUUACACCUAGUCAUGUUACCUUUAUUGGCGUUUUAUCUGCUUGUGCCCAUGGUGGACUUGUUUCUGAGGGUAGGAGAUAUUGGUCAAGCAUGAUUGAAUUAGGAAUUGAACCAUCAAUAGAGCAUUAUGGUUGUAUGGUUGAUCUUCUCUGUCGGGCCAGCCUUGUUGGUGAGGCUUGCAAUUUUGUUCAAACAAUGCCUUUCUCUCCAAAUCCAGUAAUUUGGCGAACAUUACUCAUUGGUUGCCAGAAGAAUAAGAUGUUGCAUAAAGGUGAAGUCGCAGGCGAGCAACUUCUUGCGUUAGAACCAUCUAAUCCAGAGAAUUAUACUCUGCUCUCAAAUUUCUAUGCAUCAGUUGCACAGUGGGAGAAGAUGAGUCAUGUGAGAAAGAUGAUGAAGGAAAGGGGCAUGAAGGUAGUGCCUGGGUGUGCAUCAAUUGAAAUUGAUGGCUUUGUUCAUGAGUUUGUGAUGGGAGAUUGGCAUCAUCCCGAGGCAAAGGACAUAAGACAGGCUUUGAGGGUUAUUGCUGAGCGAGUUAGUGAUGCUGGGCAUGAACCACAGGUUUCUGAUGUGUUGCACAAUGUUGGUAAUGAAGAGAAAGGAAUUUAUUUGUGUGAGCAUAGUGAGAGGCUUGCUAUUGCUUAUGGAAUUUUAAAGACGAAAGCACCAAGGCCAAUUAGAAUAGUAAAGAAUCUAAGAGUUUGCAUCGAUUGUCAUGAAGUGACAAAGAUCAUCAGUAAAAUCUAUGAGCGUGAAAUAAUUGUUAGAGAUCGUGUUCGGUUCCAUAAGUUUGUAGAUGGUUCUUGCUUUUGCAAGGAUUAUUGGUGAUUCAAACAUGAUCCAGAUUCUUAUUGACAGUGGUAGCACAGUGGGAGUGUUGCAUUAUCCGGCUUCCAGACAUAUGAGAAUUCCUGAGGCUAAGCUGAGAGAAGGGGGGCAUAUCUCCGACUUCGCAAAUCAACCAAUGACAGUGGUUAGAUAAAUUAAACUAAUGGUAACAUUAAACUAAUGGUAACCAUGGCAACGAUGAGCAAACAGUGACAAUGGAAGCUUAAUUUCUAAUAGCUUAUCAAUCUUCGGGAGACCCCUGAUGAGGAAGGCUAAGCUGAUUCUAGCAACAUUUAACCAGAUUGUUAAAUUUCCAACCCCUUGCGGCACAAGGUACAUGAAGGAUUGUAAUAUUAUCUUGCAUAACAUUUUUUUUUAUUAAUAAUUUUAUUUUAAUAAGAAAAAUGGAGAUUAUGAACA